AUGAUAUGUGAAAUGUUUGCGUGUUUAGGAUUCUCAUGUCUAAACCUGCACAUAGCUAUUUUUAUUGCUGGUAAUAUUUUUUUUUAUCUAUCUAUCUAUCUAUCUAUCUAUCUAUCUAUCUAUCUAUCUAUCUAUCUAUCUCAGUAUAUUUUGAUUUUUAUUGCUGGUAAUAUCUAUCUAUCUAUCUAUCUAUCUAUCUAUCUAUCUAUCUAUCUAUCUAUCUAUCUCAGUAUAUUUUGGUUUGGUUUGGUUUACGGCAUAUCAACCUCAAUGGUUUAUUUAAUGCUAACACGUUUUUUAUUGCUGGUAAUAUUUUUUUAUCUAUCUAUCUAUCUAUCUAUCUAUCUAUCUAUCUAUCUAUCUAUCUAUCUAUCUCAGUAUAUUUUGGUUUGGUUUGUUAUACGGCAUAUCAACCUCAAUGAUUCUCUGUUUGUUGCCUUUCGUGUUUGUUUGUUUGUUUGUUUGUUUGUUUGUUUGAUUGACUGUUUCUUUCUUUCUUUCUUUCUUUCUUUUCUGCGUUUAUUUUUUUCAUUCCUUUUUCAUUCGUUCUUUCUUUCUUUCUUUCUUUCUUUCUUUCUUUCUUCUAUUCUUUUAUUCUUUGUUUGUUUCUUUCUUUCUUUCAUUCUUUGUUUCCUUGUUUCUUUCUUUCUUUUUUUAUUCAUUCAUUCUUUCUUUCCUUGUUUCUUUCUUUCUUUCUUACUCCGUUACUUUCUCUUAAACUUUUUCUUUUUUACCAGUAAACUUUUUUCUUUUUUACAGUAA